AUGGCCACCAAGACCGAGACCAAGCCCCAGCUGAGCGGCGUUGCCCUCUACUCCAGAUUCGCCCUUGCCGGCGCCAUCUGCUGCUCCGUCACCCACGGUGCCCUCACCCCCGUCGAUGUCGUCAAGACUCGCAUCCAGCUCGACCCCGCUACCUACAACAGGGGCAUGAUCGGUGGCUUCAAGCAGGUCAUCAAGAAUGAGGGUGCUGGUGCCCUCCUCACUGGUGUCGGCCCUACCUUCGCCGGUUACUUCCUCCAGGGCUCCCUCAAGUUCGGUGGUUACGAGCUGUUCAAGCAGCAGGCCAUCAACUAUCUCGGCUACGAGAACGCCUCCAAGUACCGCACCGGUGUCUACCUCGCCUCUUCCGCCAUGGCCGAGUUCUUCGCCGAUAUUGCCCUCUGCCCUCUUGAGGCCACCCGUAUCCGUCUCGUCUCCCAGCCCACCUAUGCCUCCGGCCUCAUCGGCGGCUUCGGCAAGAUGCUCAAGAACGAGGGUGUUGGUGCCUUCUACGCCGGUUUCGGUCCCAUUCUGUUCAAGCAGAUCCCCUACACCAUGGCCAAGUUCGUUGUCUACGAGAAGGUCGCCGAGGCUGUCUACCAGGUCUUCCCCAAGAAGGACAUGGCCGACAGCAUGCAGACUGUUGUCAACCUCGGCUCCGGUCUCGUUGCCGGUUUCGCCGCUGCCAUCGUCUCUCAGCCCGCCGACACUAUGUUGAGCAAGAUCAACAAGACCCCCGGCGCCCCCGGUGAGGGCACCACCACCCGCCUCAUCAAGAUCGCCAAGGAGCUCGGCCUCAAGGGCUCCUACACCGGCAUCGGCGCCCGUCUCUUCAUGGUCGGCACCCUUACCGCUUUCCAGUUCGCCAUCUACGGUGACAUCAAGAAGGCUCUUGGUGCCACUGGCGGUGUCGAGAUCGGCAAAUAAGCGACUUAACAUAGUCAAUGCCGAUGUAGUCCAACAAAAGUGGUGAUGGAACCACAGAGACUUCCACAUGUCGUCUCUGCGGCUUAAUCCCCGCUUUUGUGGAGCAGGGAGGUUGGAGGGGUUAUGAUGGUGGAGAUUUUGGGGGGAAGUUGGAGAGAAAUUUCGACGGCUGCUGUUGUUACGACCUGAAUGACAGCGAGACAAACCAAAAAAACGACCAACAACAGGCAGGGUGCCUUUGGGGGGCAUCAAACGAAAAAACUGCGCGGCAUCUUGCACAAAUGUUGCUCGCUUUGAGGGAAAAGGUGUUUUUAUUUCCCCGGUCUUUGUUUGCAUUUCCGGGAUUUUGAAGCGCCUCUUCGCUAUAUCUUUUCUUUUGUUGUGUGUAUGGCUAUAAUACUCUAAAUGGGCAGGGAUUUGGGAUUUCUUUUUUUUUUUUUUGUCUUGGGCGAUUAAAAAAAAAGUGGUGUGCUUUCAAGAGAACUAUAGAGCGAUUAGAUCGGAGAGAGCAACUCUUUGUCUGGGAGACAAAUAGAAAGAAAGAAAGAAAGAGCAAAGACGCUUAUUCCUGUGCCUAGGUGGAGUGUUGGUUAGAUGUGUAUAAUAGUUGAGAUUUGAGGGAAUGGUGGAGGUUUUUUUUUUUGGGAUGAUUUGUUGAUCUUUGGUGUUGUACGUAAGUGAGUGUUGGUGCUGGAUAGGGAAGUGGUUGACUAAUGCCCCCUUUACCCCUGAAGGCUUGGGAACGGUUGAGAGGACAAUAUUUGCUCUGGGUACAUGACCCGAAGGCCGGGCAAUUCCGAAUAGACAAUUAAGUCAGUCCCUCCAUGAAACCUAACGAGAAA